AACUCUUCUGCAUGAGCACUGAUGGGACAUUUUAUUCAAGGAGAGACGGUCCCCUCAUUUAAAGAAACAUCCCUUAUUUUCAUGCGUUACAACCGUGUCUGCUGCUACAGUAUAAAGUUGGUUGAUGUGCGCAAUCGGUUCGCCUCGCACUGUCGCCAAAAGUAACUUCGCAGACUUGCCAUAUGAAUCGGUGAAGUCCAGCAGUGGAGAAACGACAUUAUGUCAACAACAUCCGUGGAAAUAACCGAUUAACCGAGAGCUUCUGACGUUUUCAACAUUGUGGGAGAGAAAAGUCGGCCGUGGAGGUAAGGAUUCCCUGUCCUGUGUGGGAUGUUAACAGACUGGUGGUGCGUUGAGGCUGAAGGAGCAUGGUGAAACACCAACCCUUACAGGUCUAUGAGAAGCAAGUCUUUGUGUCCUUUGUUACUGGGAUCUAUGGUUGCCGCUGGAAACGCUACCAGCGUUCCCAAGAUGACAGCUCCAGGUGGGAGUGUACAUGGUUCAUCAUCUUGUGCAGCUCUUUCCUUCUGCUUCUCUUUUGGGCCUACUUCUGGUUGGUGGCUCAAAAUGAUUUCAAUGAGUUCAACUGGUCAGUAUACAACCGCUCUGGAGAAUGGAAGGAUGAGACGAUCCCCAUCCUCGCAUCCACCAUCGUGGGAUUCAGUUACAUCACAUUCUUACUGAUUUUAGCUCUUUUCCAUAUAUCCUUGGGCCAACAGCUGAACCUCUACUGGGUUCACAAGAUUGGAGUGUUGGCUACAUUGCUUACCGCUAUCUCAGGUGUUGUCUCUGUUGAUGACAUAUGGGGAGAUGAGUGGGACAUCCUCCUUGUAUCACUGCAGUCCACAGCACCAUUCCUGCACAUUGGAGCCCUGGCAACAGUCACAGCUAUCGGCUGGUUGGUAGCUGGAUAUGUGGUCCGCAGAGAGAGAUCCAAUUUCCAGGUGAUGGUGUUGGUGAGCUACAUCAUCAUCCUCCUGGCUGUCUGUUUGGCACCAUUCACAUUCACCUGCCCCUGCAUCAUGGACCGCCACAGCCUCAAACCUCGACCAGACAUCAUCGGUCGACGGGGUGCUCCUAUGCUGGCUCCAGAAAACACCAUGGUGUCCUUUAACCGAGCCCUGCAGCAUGGAGCCAGCUCCCUGGAGGCUGACGUGGCUAUCAGUGUGGAUGGGGUUCCAUUCCUCAUGCGAGACCGCACAUUGAGGCGAACCACAGAUGUCAGUAAGGUCUUUCCAGCCAGACAGUUUGACGAUGCCUCUUUCUUCAACUGGACAGAGAUUCGCUCUCUAAAUGCAGGCCAGUGGUUUUUGGAGAGUGACCCCUACUGGACAGUAGAAACCCUGACAGCGAGGGACCGCAGCAGAAUAGGCAACCAGUCGGUUUGUAGUCUGGUGGAGAUGCUGCGUCUGGCAGCCAGGGCCAACAGCUCCGCAUUGCUUAACAUCCGCAAGGCUCCACCAGAACAUCCGCGCCACCGGAGCUGGUUCAUGGAUACGCUGUGGGCUGUGCAGAAAGCAGGGAUUUCCCAGAAGCGGGUGAGGACUGUCACGUGGACCCCCGACAGCGACAGGGGGAGGGUGCGAGGGCUUCAGCAGACCACAACUGAGAAGCUGUCGGUGGGGGAGAUAAGGCAGAGGGGUAUUACAAGCCUGACCCUCCACUAUAGCAAGGCCAGCCACAAAGACAUACAGGAGUAUCUGGCCAAUAACGUGAGUGUGACCGUCUACCCAGUGAAUGAGCCCUGGCUCUACUCCAUUCUGUGGUGUAGCGGGGUGCCUUCUGUGUCCUCUGAUGCCCCUCAAGUCCUCCGAAAGGUGCCUUACCCCAUCUGGCUCAUGAGCCAGAGCGCUUACAACUUCAUCUGGAUCACUUCAGAUCUAGUCUCCCUCGCCAUAGUCAUAGGGAUUUUCUGUUUUCAGAAGUGGAGGAUGAGCGGGAUGCAGAACUAUAACCCAGAGCAGAUUAUGCUGAGCGCUGUGGUGCGACGGUCCAGUCGGGAAGUCAACAUCAUGAAGGAGAAGCUAAUAUUCUCAGAUCUUAACAAUGGGCUCAGCAGUACAGAGGAGCUUUCGCUGUAUCCCGAGAAUGGUUAUGCGAGAUACUCUCACGGCGGCCUCAGUCGCUGAACAAAAUGCACAGCCGCGGAUAGAAAAUCUUGGAUGUUAGUUUCAUUUCAGAGCUUUGACAAUGACGGAAAAUUAUUUUCUUGUGAGAGAAAAAAAGGAGCACAUGGGGCAAACUGAUCUAUCAGGCAACUUACCCAAGUGAUAACAGCAUACCAAAUCUUGUCUAAAGCAUGGAAAAUGAAUGUUCCACUAUAUGACCAGUUUUUAUAAUAACUGAUUAUUCUUAAUAUAAUUUUGUGUGUAUUUUUUCCCAUAAUUCUGUAUUAGACUUCCAGUCUAAUACAGAAUCAUCUAAAAUAGUUCAUUAUUAACUGUAAGGAGUCAUUUUGUAACUUUAAAUGUUAUGAAUUUGUGCGUAACAGUUAGGAUGCAACAUCAAUAUCCUCUCUUGGACCACAUGGCUGUUUUGUGUGUCAUCACUUACCGGGAUACUCAAAUCAUGUGGAGUCAGACUCAAUGGCCAGAUGAAACUGGAAUUUGUUUUUCUUUGUCACAAAUAGAUGAUUUAAUUUGAAUCGUAAUUUUAAAACAACUUCAACUCAACUCUUUAAUGUAGAGACUUAGUUUUUUCGUGGAGCUGAAAAUGAAUGAAACACAUUGUGUUUGUCAAAAGAAUAUCCACUCCUUCAACUUUACCUGUUAAAUUUAGUGAUCUGUGUGGUUAUCGGGCCAAAAAUCCAUCUGACCAUGAAGAAGAAUUUCUCUUUCAGUUGAUUCGCUUGAGUGACCUUCUCAAAAGUUUUGAGCUAAUAAAGCUGUACUGUUGUAUUUUUCCAUGUCAUUUACUUCACUGUUGUUUUAUAACAGAGGAAAUGAGCAGUGUAGCGUUCUGUAUUAUACACCUAUGUAAAUAUGAGUUGUUUUACAUGUUGUAUUUUUUUUUCCCUCUGAGAGGAUUUUCAAUGGUUUGGACAUAUGAACUGCAUAUUUUAUGUUUGCAUUUAUUAUCAUUAUGACUGAUGUCCUCGUUUAAGUGUGACAGACAGCUUAGGGCAUUGUGUUUUCUAGCAGUUUCACGGGAUGAUGGUGUUUGCGGGUGGGGAGGGGGUGGAGGUUUGUGGGGGGAUCAAUGUUCUACUCUUUUCUUCUGCCUCUUUUCUGUCAUGCCAUGAUUGAUUUACUCUAUUGUCAUAUUAGCAAUUACAACGUUCACAUGACUGCCUUUUUGUUAAAUCAAUGGACUGGUAGAAAAUUGUAGAAUAUUACUUUUAUCUGCAGACAUGUCAACUGUUCAAUAAAUUUGAUCUUGAAAAAUA